CAAUCUUGCUAAUGCAUCAAACAAUCACCAGGAGACUAGGAAGUAUAGGACAGUCAAAAUGUGAAAGGGCCGCGUAUAUUUUUAUGAUACAGAAUGGCAAAUUCCCCAGAUCUAAUAAAGCAGUACUUCAUCAUUUAACAUAUCUUUGUGAAGUCGAUUUUACGUUUGGCACGCAUAACUAGCUAAAACAGACCCUUUCGCAAAUGUGUCUCUAAUGGUACCGGGACGGGAACUUUCGCACUUAAUUUACCGCAAAGGCGGUAGCAUCAGAUUAUGACCUUCAGGGCGUAACCCGCCAAUGCGACCAUAUAUCAGGAUAAGAAAACGAACUUGAAGGUGGUGAGACUACGGACCUUUGACGUCGGCUCUCCACCUUCGUCAUGUGCGCAAUCCCAGUUCUCGGCACAGCAGUCUCGCGUUACGAGGCAAGAUCUACAUUAUUUUCCGAGUGGCCAGCUGAUUGAGGCGUCAAUGUCCACCAGUCGUAGUAAAGGCUCUUGGAAUGCCGCUAGAAUCUUCCGCAAGUGCCAUGACGCAAGAUUGUCUUUCGGGUUUAGCGACGAAAUACGAGUAUUGCCGCCACCGCAUAUCAGGGUAUCAGAGUGAGCUCUAAGAACUGAAAUUUAUGAAUAGAACUAUUGGGAUUGUGUGAAACCUCGAUCGAAGAAGUAAAUGGGUUUGUAUGUAUGAGCAUCGGCGAAGUGUCACAUUUCAGACCUGCGAGUCGUAUGCAUGAAGUUUGGAUUCUCAUGAGUAGUAGGUAUGCGUCUGCUUCCAUUGUGGAAUACAAGACUAUACUUAUAAUGUUCCCUGUCGGGUUUGGAAUACGAAUUAUGCAACUAUGCAACCUCAUCUAUCUUAUACUUGGCUCACAGUACUCAGAGCACGCGGACUUCGGACGUGGGGAAUUCUGUGCCACCUAGUCUUGCUGGUCAAUAUUUGCCCUUGGCCUGCUGCAGUGUAUAUGUCGCGAAACAUUGCAAGCCAGUCAAAAGUCGGCGUAGCCGAGCUCCUGGUGGUUGGAUUCUCUUGAUACGUCUCAAGGUGUUCCACACCGAUAGUUCAGAUACAUGCUAUAAUCCCUUUUGCGGAGACAUUCGGUGAAUCAGCUUCCAUUUCCACCCUCCCGGCUCAUUCAUUAAGAGCAGACGACCGGGUCACCCCCCAUAUCUUUCAUGAUGUAUAUGUAGAACACAUCCCGGUUUUUGCACACCAACCACCUGCAUCCUUUUCUCCCACGUAUCGCCUGUCAAAUCAUUCGAACCUUUCUUUUGGAUCUAAGUAAUACCUACGUUUUACCUUGCGCCAAUAUGGCAGUACUUACCUUGAUCUUUGCAGCUUCCGCGUUGUCAGUAUACGUACUCUGGAAACUUUUCGAAUCUUCUAGAGGUCGAAGAAUACCUCGUGGCUUGAAACCCCUGCCUGGGCCCAAAGGAUACCCCAUCGUGGGUUCCGUACCUGAUCUACCCGAGAAGAACAGUUUCAUUACCUUUGCAGACUGGGGCAAGAUAUACGGACCUCUCUAUCAGUGCAAUCUGGCCGGAACAAACCAUGUCUGGAUCUCCACGGACAAGAUUGCCCACGAUCUCUUAGCAAAGAAAGCUGCUAUAUAUUCAGAUCGACCACACAUACCUGCGCUGAUUGACGACAAUCGAACGAGCGCACAGUACCUGCCCCUCCUAAGUAAAAAUGAGGGAUGGACGCGGCAGCGCAAAUUUGCCAAUAUCAUCAUGCGAGAAUCCGAAAAAGCAAUGUUUCAUCGUUAUCCUGAAGUAGAAGCAAAACGUAUGCUUGUUGAGCUUCUGGACAAACCCGAGCACUACAACCAUGCACUGGAGUCUUUCAUCUCUCGCGUGACAUGCCGUCUUGCAUGGGGCCACAGCGAAGCAAGCGACGAGCUCAAGCAACGAGCCCGCGAGCUUCUCAUUGGUGUUUCUCCUACCGGUGCUCUCGGCAACAAGAUUCCAUUCGUCAUGGGCCUUCCUGAUUGGCUUUCUCCAACCAAAGCAUGGGAGCGUAGGCGAGCCAAAACCGAGCGCAGGUUCUUUGAAAUGAUGCAAGGGCAAGUUGAAAGCGACGUGCUGGAGAAGAAAGCAUCACCAUCCUGGAUGAAAUUGUUCCUCGACAGUCGGAGUAAGUGGGGCUUCAAAUACGACCUGGAAGGGGCUUAUGCGGUUGGUAUGCACGGAAUUGCUGGGGCUCUUACCAUCGCAGCACCCAUGCAAACUUUCUGCCUGGCUAUGGUCCAUUACCCCCAGUUCCUGCCGAUCCUUCAUGAGGAACUAGAUCGCGUUUGUGGGGAUAGACUCCCUGUUGCUGAAGACCGACCACAUUUGCCCUUUCUACGUGCUGUCAUCCGCGAAUGCCUUCGUUGGCGGCCACCUGUGCCCACUGGUAUUCCUCACGAGCUCACGCAGGAUGAUGAAUACAAUGGCUACUUCAUCCCCAAGGGCAGUGUCAUGCACCCGCUAGAGUGGGCUAUUGCGCGCGACCCAGAUCUGUUCCCCGACCCGGAAGCAUUCAACCCACUUCGAUGGGUCGAGCCAGGCUACCCUACAUACCAGGAGCCGCUGACGCAAUAUCCUACCAUCAUCAACUCGACGCAAUUUGGCUACGGCCGACGAACCUGCCAGGGUCAAACAGUGGCGGACGAAGACAUGCUCAUCGGCAUUGGUUCCAUCGCAUGGCUCUUCACCAUGGAAAAGACAAGAGACGAAGAUGAUGCGCUAGUAUCAGACCCGUUAGUCGCAAAUGCAGCAAACGCGAAGAAGCUUUCCAUCGGCAUGAACGAGAAGGCGUCCAUUUCUCAGGAAGAAGUCAACACAGGCGGAAACAAAUCCUCCAGCCCCACAAUGGAAAAGAAGAUACUGGCAAAGUAUGAGUACCCCGGCACGAGACCAGCCGCAUCGCCGAAAUCGAAUAUGUUGAGGAGUGAGAAGAAAGCCAAAAUCGACCCGACGCUCGAUUACAGCAUCCUGCUGAUUGCAAAACCUUUGCCUUUCAAGUUCACUCUCAAACCACGAGAUUUGGCGCGUGCCGAUAUGGUACGUAAAUCUUUCGCUGAGGGUAGGGAGAAAGGAGAGUAUGAAGACUCGAAGGAGUACUGGGGCGAUGAACACGGGAAAGGAAAGGAGUGCGGAUGGGGCAAAGUGUAG